AGGAAAACUCCCAGCCAGAGAAGAAAGCUAUCUCGAUUGUUGAUGCAAAUUUCAAAUCUACAAGAGAAGUUGACUUAUAUUGCAAAAAAGCCAAAGAUACUGAAGAAAGAGUGGAAAAAACCACUGUUUAUUACCAAGGAAGGGUUAUUCAUUGUAAGAAAAAAGCCCACCAUAAUUGGUGGGCAGCUCGGUUUGCCGAGAGAGAACUCCAUGACUUAAAGAAAGAAUACGUUUAUAAAAGGAAAAGGUACUUGAUGGUCGAGGAAAACUGCCAGCUAGAUCAAAGGGCUGAUGUGUCACUUGUUGAUGAAGAUUGGAACUAUACAGCAACAGAAAUCUUGAUCUAUAGAAACAGAAUCAAUGAUCUUGAAAUAGAACUUCAAAGAACAUUUCAUUAUUACCAGGAAGAGAUUGUUUCUGUUCAGAAAGAAACCCACAAUAAUUGGUUGGCAGCUUGUACUGCUGAAAGAAGCCUGAAUGACUUGAAGCAAGAAAAUAAAAAGAAAAUGUACCUAUUGGUCGAGGAAAACUGCCAGCUAGAUCAAAGGGCUGAUGUGUCACUUGUGGAUGAAGUCUGCAACUAUACAAAAAAAGAAAUCUUGAUCUAUAGAAAAAGAGUUGAAGAUCUUGAACAAGAAAUGGAUAGAACCAUUCGUAAUUCCCAAAGAUUGUUAUUCCAGGAUAACAUAAAGUAG